CGUUCCGCGAGCUUCACCAACAUCGUUCCUCCAAUUUCUCGCGACAAGCCCGGCAACAAAUUCCCCAAACGCAACUGCUAGACGGUUUUCCUCCCACAGUCGCCGCCAUGUUCGGUGCCGUCGGCAAUAUGCAGCCCCGGCAGGUGGCCGCCCAAGUCCUCAACUUCGCCCUCGUUCUCAGCACCGCGUUCAUGCUCUGGAAAGGCCUCUCGGUAUUCACAGAUUCCUCGUCGCCGAUCGUCGUGGUUCUGUCAGGAUCUAUGGAGCCGGCAUUUCAAAGAGGAGAUUUGCUGUUCUUGUGGAAUAGAGGGAUGGAGACGCAGGUGGGAGAGGUUGUGGUGUACAAUGUGCGAGGAAAAGAUAUUCCAAUUGUGCAUAGAGUUGUGAGGAGAUUUGGAGGAGGACCGAAGCCUCUACAACUCCUAACGAAAGGCGACAACAACGCUGCGGACGACACGGAGCUCUAUGCGCGUGGGCAAAGUUAUCUCGACAGGAGUAAGGAUGUUGUUGGCAGCGUGGUGGGAUAUGUGCCUUUUGUGGGAUACGUGACGAUCCUGCUGAGCGAAUACCCAUGGCUCAAGACGGCCAUGUUGGUAUUUAUGGCUUUGACGGUGGUACUGCAAAGAGAAUAAGAGCGAGGGUAGUCAUGGAGUAUGCUGGUCAUCAUUGGCUCUGGAUCUUUAGGAUUCGAACUUUGGUCAGGAAGCCCAAGAUAGGACGAUUGACCGAAUUGCUACCCCUUCGUCUGUCGACCUGUUCACGCUGUACGGAUUAUGCAACUCGAGACGACGCCAACCGCCUCAUUAAAAGACAACGAAGCUUGCGCUACGAUGAACCUCUCCAAAGAGCGAGUGGGCACAGCAUUUGCAUGUCGAGCGAUUGAUACUGCUUGCUAUACAAAGCUGCCAAUAUUACUUGCUCAGUCAGCCUUGUCAAAAGUCGGCUGGCAUAUGUGUAUCAUUAUCCCAAGCCUGCGC